AUGGGAGCACUAACCAGCAAUCGUAAACGAGGGGACGAGUGUUUGAGCUUGAAUUCUGCACACCCAUCUCCGUAUUCGCAGAAUUUUCAAAUUUCAAAGCGACCCAGAUUCUCUUAUAUGAAGCAAAUCCCGGACCGGCCCAUAUUAUCUUCCAAUAGCGUCGCUUCGAGGGUCUCUCGGUACCCAGAUAUAAAGCCGCCACUGACGAGAGUUCACGCCCCUUGUAGAACAGGCAAAUUCGGGUUCUUCUCGAACAGAGAAGAUUCGAGCCCAAAAACCAGAGGGGUUCAUGAGAAGGAGCGGUCGGGUGUCAUAAUGGGCAGUGUAUUGUCUUUCCAUUUGGAAAAGGCGAAGAGCAGGGCGUUAGAUACAUUCCGUUAUUUGAACAAGGGCAAGGAGGUGAUUGAAUUGGAUGAAGAGGUUGAAACUGACCGAGUUUCUGAGGAUUCGAGCAUAGAAGAAGUUCUGGCUAUAGAGGAAGAUGACCGAGAAAGGCCUUCUGUGGUGGAUUAUGUGCAGGAAUUGGAUACGAAGAUGGUGGGCUGUGGACCUCAGGGUACUCAGCCAUCGGCUUCUUCGGUGGUUUCAGACUUGACCACACUGACGAAUGGCCCUUUCAAAGUGGACAAUGCAGGAAAGAUGUUGGGCUCAUUAUCGCUAAAUCGAGAGGUAGAGGUGCCGAGUGUGGUAGUGUACAAGCAGUUGCUUGAGAGUGUAGAGAGGCGGACUCCGAAACUUGAACAUUUGCAUUCCCAAAUUGAGUUCAAUGUGAGCAAACUGUCUCUGUUUGAAUCGCUGCGUCCACAAAAGAAACCAGUGAAGGUUGUACCUGAUGAACCCUUUGUUGCUCUUCGAAAGGAGGAAAUGGCUGAGGUUGAGCAAGCAUUUUCCUCUGCCAAUCGGAGGAGAGUCUUGGUAACUCAUGAGAACUCAAACAUAGAGAUCACAGGUGAAAUGCUGCAGUGCCUUAGACCACGUGCAUGGUUGAAUGACGAGGUCAUAAAUGUCUACUUUGAGUUGCUGAAAGAGAGGGAAAAGAGAGAGCCACAGAAGUUCUUAAAAUGUCAUUUCUUCAACACAUUUUUUUACAAAAAGUUGAUAGGUGGGAAAAGUAACUAUGAUUAUAAAUCCGUCAGAAGGUGGACUACCCAAAAGAAGCUGGGAUACAGCCUCAUCGAUUGUGACAAAAUAUUUGUUCCCAUCCACAAAGAAAUACAUUGGUGUUUGGCAGUUAUUAACAAGGCAGAGGAGAAGUUACAGUAUCUUGAUUCACUCAAAGGAAAGGAUACCCAAGUGAUGAACAGAUUGGCGAAAUACUAUGUUGAUGAAGUGAAGGAUAAGUGUGGAAAAGACAUCAAUUUGAGUUCUUGGAAAUUAGAAUAUGUUGAAGACCUUCCUGAGCAGGAGAAUGGGUUUGACUGUGGUAUGUUCAUGAUCAAAUAUGCUGACUUUUAUAGCAGGGGCUUGGAUCUCUGUUUCAAGCAGGAACACAUGCCAUAUUUUCGAUUGAGAACAGCCAAGGAGAUCCUAAAAUUGAGAGCGGACUGA